GCUCAGCAGUUUUUUGAGAAAACAGAUCAAAGUACACUCUUCAAGCUCAUUAUACCCAGAUGGUAUAUUUCAUCUUCUGCAAUAGUCUGCUGUCUCUUGUCUUUUCCUGGGGAUGUCUGCAGAGAUUGAAUGAGAAGACAGCUUUGCAGGUAACGUACCUGCCAAGAUGUUUCACUUACAAGGCCCACAAAUGCUGCAGAUGCUAGAGAAAUCCUUGCGGAAGAGCCUCCCUGAGUCCUUAAAGGUUUAUGGGACCGUCUUCCAUAUGAAUCAUGGAAACCCAUUCAACCUUAAGGCCCUGGUGGACAAGUGGCCUGAUUUUAAUACAGUGGUUAUCCGCCCUCAAGAGCAGGAGAUGACAGACGACUUUGAUCACUAUACCAACUCCUACCAAAUCUAUUCUAAGGAUCCCAGGAACUGUCAGGAAGUCCUUGGCACAUCAGAUGUCAUCAAUUGGAAACAACAUUUGCAGAUCCAAAGUUCACAGUCCAGCCUGGAUGAGGUGAUACAGAAUCUUGCAACAACUAAAUUAGUCAAGGUCAAGCAAACACAACGCAUUCUCUAUGUGAUGCCGGAGACAGCGAGGAAACUGCUCCCUUCCCUGCCAGAGACAAAGAAUUUACCUCUUAAACCCAGCAGCCCCAGGGCCAUCAACCAAGAGAUGUUUAAACUCUCAUCCCUGGAUGUUCCCCACGCUGCUUUGGUGAAUGAAUUCUGGCAAUUUGGAGGCAAUGAGAGGAGCCAGAGAUUCAUCGAGCGCUGUAUCCGGGGCUUCCCCAACAUCUGCCUGCUGGGGCCUGAGGGGACCCCUGUGUCCUGGUCUCUGUUGGACCAGACAGGAGAGAUAAGGAUGGGUGCCACUGUGCCUAAGUACCGGGCCCAGGGUCUCAUCUCCCAUACCAUAUGUGCCCAUAUCCAGGCUCUGGACAAACUCGGCUUCCCUGUAUAUAACCAUACAGACAAAGCCAACAAAAUUAUACAGAAAAUGAGUCUCAAUAUGCAUCAUAUCCCCAUGCCCUGUGACUGGAAUCAAUGGAACUGUGUGCCUCUGUGAAGCAGCCCUGAACACAAGACAGUGUUGGG